AUGCGGGAAGGUGGGUCCCAGAAGAACAAGGAGGUUCUCAGCUCCCCGACACCAUCCGUCUCCCUUAGCCAGACAUCCGACUUCCAACACGAGUCUCAGCUGUUCACUGAGCCACACCUGGCCCAGAUGGAGAAAAUGUUUCAAGAUGAGGUCGACUCGACUGGAGCCCUGGACAUGAAGACUUUCGUUAAGGCUGUGAAGAAGAUUCUGAGCAAUGCGUCCAUCGAGAUGAUAGAGGCGCUGUUUUUGAAGGUGGACAUGAACUGUAACGGCCUCACCUCCGCUGCUUCAGGUGGCUGGAGGGAGUACCUGGACUACGUGAUGCGUGAGUUCAAGGGGAAGGAGAAGAUGAUGAGAAGCCAGUGCUACCUGCGCUUCCACCUUCCCAUGAGGAUCAUACCCCUGAAUCAUGGGUGUGAGAUUGUGAAAGUGGAGUUCUUAGUCCAGCGGCGCAAGAAGAUAGGGCAUUUCCUGACUGUCACCAAGGACGGGAUCCUGCAGUUCUGGUCGGAGUCCUUCUCGCUGACCAGCUCCUUUAGGCUUUACCAGAUCCAUCCGCUCCACAACCAGCAGAUGCGGGUCAUCGACAUGGUGUGUCUGCACAACAUGAACCUGGUUGCGAUAGUGUCGACCGACCAGAAGGUAGAGUUCUUUGAUAUCAGUAACCGUAAAUGUGUCUGGGCCUUCACCUUCAUCGAUCUGGACAGUUGCGUCCUGACCUUGAACUACUGGUCUGACUAUCACAGGGCUGUGUUCUGCUAUGGGGACACCAAAGGCAAUGUCAUCGUCUUCACCUCCAACGAUGUGACCCAUGGGCUGUUCAACCCCUGAAUCCUCCCCAGGACCUCCAGAUGGGAUCACUGGACCGAUGUUUCCACACGGAAGCUCUUAAAUGAGAAGUCCCCUAUGUAUAGAAGUUACCGGCUGAGGGCUCUCCACCCCAACUGGUGUCAACAGGUCAAGUUUAUCCCCCAGCUGAACCUGGUGGCUUCCUGUUCAGCCAUCGAGGAGUCCUCUCUGGUGCUGACCAUAUUGCCGCCCGAAGUCCCAGAGAGCCUCAAGUUUUCAGUGCUGAAUUUAAGAAAAGGGAUUCUUUGCUUUGAUUACUGCCCAGAAAAGAAUGUCCUGGUGACUGGUGGCCAUGACCCCCUCAUCUGCCUGUGGAACCCCUUCUUCUCGAAGAAGCCUGUGUGGCUGAUGAAGGGGCAUGAGACCUCGGUGACACACAUUCUCGUGAACAGCAAGCACAGCAGCGUCCUCCUCAGCAUCUCCAAGGACAAGAAUAUUCGCGUGUGGGACAUGCAGGACUACGAAUGCCUCCAGUCCUUCUGCGGGAAGCAUUUUGCCCUGGGACACUGCCCCAUCACCAGCGCAUACUUCCACAAGGAUGACGACAGCCUCAUCUGUAGCACCUACUCAAUUGGCAUCCUAAAAGGGUACCUGGAGACGCAGGGGCCUGGGAGAGCAGAGGAGAAGACCACGACUUACAGCACGCCCCUGUGCGCCAUCCUCUACAGCAAGGUUUUCAAGCAGGUGGUGAGCGGCUGCCUGAGCGGCGUGGUGAGCGUGUGGGAGGUCGUGACGGGCAAAAGGAUGACAGAGUUCUCCGUGACCGACCAGCACGUGGAGCUGACCGCCACGCCCCUGGAUGAGUCAGAGGCCUGCCUGCUCACGGGUCUGCGUGAUGGCGCCACGAAGAUGUGGAACUCCAGCGUUGGUGAGUGCCUGCUGACCUUCCCCAGCCCGGACCAGAUGGAGAUUAGUGGGAUCGUCCAUAUGAAUAAAGUGUUCUACGUGACCAGAUGGAGUAAGAGAAUCACUUAUUUCACGUUCCACAAGACCAAGCCGGUGCUCUUGUGCUACCACUGGCAGACCUUCCACACGGAGGAUGUCCUGAGCAUGGCCAGGUACCAGAACCAGUUCCUUGGAACCUCCUCCUACAAUGGGGACAUCCUCUUCUGGAACAUCAGCAUGUUCGGGCCCAUCCUCCAUUUCAACGCCUCUCAGAGCCCCUUGCCCUCGCUGCCCAAGAGGGUUCCAUCCCUGUGCCCUUUGCGGCUUGAGCAGCCGGCCCGCUUCUAG